AUGAAUGAUAACAAAAGCAAGACCAGACCACGUCAACGUUUCUUCGGAGCCUCAAACAAUGAGCAUCUGAGAAAGAGUCCGUCAUCAUCAGCAAGUCAAGACAGUUUUCAAUCUGAGGCCAGAACAUGGCCUAUCUUGAAACAGCCCCUCAAAGCUGAAGAACUAGUACUCGACGACAACAUUCUCUUCAAACUCAGGUUAAAGGUGCUGCAGUUGUUAGAGGACUCGACGAAAAUCCGCACAACUCCAUUCUCGAUCGACAGCAACACGCUUAAAACGCUUAAAACCCAUGAGACAAAUUUAAAGGGGUUAAAGGAUGAAGUUCACGUGUUUCACAAAGUUGCUGACACUUCUGGCAUCAACCAUCUCAUAAAUCGAGAAUUGCGUUGGUUGGAAGUGAAAUCAAAUGUGUUUAGCGCACUGAAUUCUGGAACCGUAUUUUCGAAGAGAGAGGUACUCUUGAAGCAUCUCUACGAAGUUGGACCAGACGAGGCCACUUUGGUGUUGAUGGAAUUGCGGCAUAUGCUAAGCCUAAAUCAAGUCGACCAACUGAUCACACAGUAUAAUAAGGAGAUCGACCAACUGAUCACGCAGUAUAAUAAGAAGAACUGGGACGCCCAAUUCUCUCUUCUCACUGGCAAAUCGGCAGCUGAUGCCGAACAAUAUAUGAGAUCACAAAAUGACGAAGAAACUAAGCUGCUAGGUGAUUGGGUGACUGCAUUUACUAGCGAAAUCGGGCAACCUUUCGACAUACCUAGCAUUCUUCUAUCAGAUACGAUGCAGCGAUUUAUCUCAUUUGCCAAAGAAAUCAAGCAGGCCAAAAUUAAUCGCAAUCAAAUCUCAAUCGCUGAGCCAGCUCACAAGUCGCACUAA